AUGACCCUGUCCGAGUGGUUGGAUCCCUGGCCAUGGCUGUGGGUCGAGGUCCCACGGCGGGUCUCGAUACAGAGCAAGCGAGUAGCGGUACUGUACUUGAUUGGCGUCCUUGCCACGCUCGCGUAUGUGAUCUUUGACUUCAUCUCGACGGAGGCAUGGCAUGGGAAGCUUCGCAUCUCCUCCGGCUCCGUCACCGUGUGGCGCGAUCCGCCGAAGGUGGAUCAUGCUGCACGGAACCAUUGCACCAAUCCCGAGCAGUAUGACACAAUCUUCGAUGAGUCUUGGCAGUACAGGCCGCGGUCUUGUCGUCACCUCGUGGGCAGCAGUGCCUUCCGCAAGCAAGGUGAUUGGCUUCACUUCCCAUCCUACGUGGAAGAAACCUACAUGUGGACAUACUCAAACUGCACUGAGCAGAGCAGGCUCGCUUGCAUGAACAUGGCACGGCCAACAGAUGUUUCAGAACAUGGAGAGAUUUCUUGGGAGGAGGUGAGCAACACCACUUGUAUCUGCAACCUGAAAGACAGCUACUUCGCGCAGUAUCCAGAAGACGAAGUCUUAGUCUUCACUCACAACUACUUCGUUCCCACACUCGAUGGGAGUACCACUUUGCCAUUGUUUGGCCUUCCUGAGUGGGGGAGUGUUCAGACCAUCCUUUUGGCUGUCAACGGCUCCCGAUGCGAUGUCGGUGGGCAAUCUUCCUGGAGUGAGGCGGAGGCAGCGAUCGGCAUUGGGGCACCGCUGAGAGAUUGGAUACGUUGUGCCGGCAUCGACUUAGACACGGAUCCGCUGCAUCUGACAAGUCAGACCGGCAGUCCCAACUUGGCACGGCACCUGCGAAUAAUGGGCUUUAUACUGGACUUCAACUUGAACUACUUAAGUCAUGGUGCACACAGAGAAGCGCACAAAGGAGUGGUCUGCUACAUCACGGUCAAGGCACAUGCUGCAUGGAACUCCAAUGUGGAGGUCCAGAAGCUGGUGCUUGGGCCCGGGACAUCCGUGGCAGAGCAUCAGAUCUAUAUGUACGGAGUGACUCCUCGCUUUAGGAUCGAGGGCGACUUUCGUUUCUUUUCUCACACGCCCAUCAUGACCUGGAUCAUCUCGGCGACCGUCCUGUUCGGGUUGCCAGCGCUGCUUAUGCGCUACCUGGUAGAGUUCAUGCUGGGGGUGCCUUCCCAGAUUUAUCGAAGAGAGACUUGCAGGCCUUUCGACAUCUACGACCAUCUGCGAAAAACGCAGGCGCGGAUGCUGAGCUCUCAUGCUGCCUACAGCAUCCUAUCGAGCAGCGCUUCGUUAGAUAAGGUCGGUCUGGAAAAGUAUUUGCAGGAUCUCUAUGAUGUGCAGAUACGAGAUGGAACCUUGCAACAGAAAGAAAUGGAGCGUCUCUGGCGAGCGACCAUGACUGGCUUCGAUAUUGACGAGUCUGGAAAGAUCUCGCUCGCAGAAUUCGUUGCAGCUGCGUCCAUGGUUGACGAUUUGCACCUGGAUGACAUCGUCCAUUUCCUUGACGCAGACCGGAAGGCCCAGAGGGCACGGAAAGCUGCGGCUUUGCAUGAGUAG